AUGGCUGCUGCUGGACCUGCUCGCGUAGCUGAUAACUGGUAUACGAAUCUCGAUUAUGAUGCUGUUCUCUUAGAUCAGUGUUUUGUUAGAGUUGUAAAAGAUGAAGAUUUAUAUCCUUCUCACUACUAUUACCGAACAUAUACAUUUCGGCCUCUGACACAACAAUUUUAUGAUAGCUCUGGAAUGGCAAAAGUUACGGAUAGUGAUGACACGUUCCGCGUUGAACUUGAUGCGAGAAACUUUCUUAAAGAAGAAAUCGACGUUAGGGUCAUAAACGCCUAUGAAUUUGAAAUUGGUGGCAUGCACCCUCCAAGAGACGAUGGAUGUGGUUUAGUUUCUCGUAUGUUCUUACGUAGGUAUUACUUACCUUAUGGAGUGACGGGACAAUUCGUUCCCUUCUUGUCGAACGACGGAAUCUUUAAUGUUUGUUUUGAAAGAGACUUCAAGUUGACAGACAGCGAGGAAAUACCCAUCACAGACGGCGCUAAAGGACUUUAA